AUCUUAUCAGGAGUGACGUCUAAUGAUAAACUUGAAUCAAGUGAUUUUCUCAGUUCCCUUCGUUGUUUUCUGUUCAAAUCGAGGAAAGAGUUAUUGCUUGGUUUCCCAUCUCGUUUAGGUUUUCACUAAGAAGACUGUUCGUGAAGCGGACGAAGAGGUGUUAGCCGAGGCCCUCAACGACGUGUACCAGAAUCGUAUGAUUCGCAUUGGUGGCAUGGCUGCUGAUGGCGGGGCGGAGUACGCCGCACGUGUUUCCGAUUUCUUUGCUCACGGAGCCUUUCAAGAAGUUCUUGAAGUCAAGAUUGAGCGGUAUUAUUCUUUAGCAAACCCCACGGUUUGUCGGUGCUAGUUUCUCUUGUGAAUGGCAUAAAUUGAAACAGUUGGUUGGUGCUUGGCAGUGGUACCUCGUUCAAGACAACGUUGGCCAAAUGGUAAUGUUAGUUCCACUUCAAAGCUGUUCAUGUUUUAUUUCGUCCUUCUUUUGUCUUUGUCGCAUGAUCUUUCUAAUUUGUUCGUUUCAGGUUGGCCACGAUUUUGAGGGGUAAGGAAUUAGAGGAUCGAGCAAAGGAGCUCGAAAGGAAGGCUGCGCAGUUCAGUGCGCUUCGACAGAGUUCUUGGUCGCCCCAGAAACCCAGUCCGUAUGGUGAUGGAAUCUCGAAAGGAAAAGGAAAGAAGGGUGGUGGUAGGAAGUGUUUUACUUGGAUUCGCCAAGGACCAGGUCGGGGACUGAAUUGUGGAAAUCCCAUGUGUACUUUCGAUCAUUCGUUGCCCAGUACUAAGGCUGAGGCUUUGGAUAUUAAGAAUUUUGCUCGUUCGUUGAGUGACUGGAAUCUUGAUGUUGAUUACCCUGGUGAGAUCCCUCGUGCAAUCUCGGGCUCGGCUGCAAGUAGUUCGAAUACAACGACCAACACCAGUAAUACCACGACCACGGUUAGUGAAGCAGGAAGUAGCAGCUAG